AUGGACCAAUUGACACCGGAACAGCAAAACAAGCUGCAAAAUUUUAGAGAGUUUACUUCUUAUAACGAGAGCGAUGAGCAGGAGAAAGUCCUGAGGCUCCUGACUGUAUGCAAUUGGGAUCUCGAAAUUGCAGUUGCUCGUUAUUUCGAUAACGACUUCCCGACUCUAACAGAUGAGAGACCGACAUAUCCAAUUUCAAAUGAGUUGGACUCUCCGUUUGUCAGAUCCUUCGCUAACAUGGAGGCUGGUUCCUCCUCGAUAAACACAUCUGCAGGAAAUUCAACUGCUCCUCGAGCUCUUGCUUUUGAUGAUCCAUUUCUUGAUCUUAUUCCUAAGUUACCCAAAGCAGUCCCAAUUCAUAACCGCUGGAAGCUGCAAUUAGGAAUUAAUACAAAUAAUCAAGAACGAAAAAGACCCACAUACGCAUUACUCCCACCUGUGAUCUUCAUUCUCAUGUUGUUCCCGAAACUAUUUUGGCUCGUGGGGUAUGGAUUGAACAAGUUAUUGGGUCCUGUUUUUCCUAAUUUAUUCAGGAUUCUGGGACUAAGAGAAAGCCCCACAGAUUUUCCUUCAAAGCCUGCUCAUACAUCGAAGGAAGCCCUCUCGAGCUACAACAUCAAGACUCUUGUCAACGAUACAUUGGGUGAAACUAGCGAUCUUCCAAUAUUUGAAGGAAGCUUCAACGAGGCAUUUGAGAAAUCCAAAACUGAACUCAAGUGGUUGAUGUGCAUCCUGAUCAAUUCAGAAAAGGAUAUCAGCACUAAGUUCGUGAAAACGUAUCUCAAUCACGACAGCUUUAUAAACUUUGUUACAGAAAACGAUAUAAUUCUGUAUGUUGGAGAUGUGAAUUAUCCUGAGCCUUUCGAAGUGGGUCAAACAUACCAAGUUCAUUCUGUUCCAUAUAUUAAUUUGAUCGCCAACGUUUCUGCAACUGGUACGACGUUCCCAUUGAUGUCAAUCGUUACUAGGUACCAUAAUUUUGAAACCUGCACCAAAGAAUACGCGAAGAAGCUCGUCAAGCGUCUGCAAAAGAUCAUAGAUAAAUAUGAGCCCCAACUAAUCACACAAAGAUACGACAGACAGGAGGCGGAACUUGCUCGACUACUAAGAAAGCAACAGGAUGAGGCAUAUGAGCAGUCCUUAUUGAAUGAUAAGAUCAAGCAGGAGGAGAAGAAACAAAAAGAAGAGGAGCAGCAGAGGAAGCUAGAAAAAUUGAAACAAGAAGAAGAAGCAUCAAAAAUAAAACAAAAGCAGGAACUGGCUUUCCUCGCAAACCAUGUACAAUCAUUAUCCCAGAUAGAUGAAAACGGUUGGAAGAAGGGCGAUUAUACCACGAUACAGUUAAGAAAUCACGAGGGCCAGCGCACAGUUAAAAAAUUCUACAAAGAUCAAACGUUGUAUGAUAUCUUUGUGUUUGUCGAGUGCAAAAACUUCUUGCGCGUCCAAUCCCAGGAACUUUCUGUUCCAGAGGAAAAUGUCUUAGAUCAAUUGGAGGUGGAAAAUGUGAGUUUGGAUAAUUAUGAACAUGAGUUCAGAUUCGAACUUAUAUCGCCAAUGCCUCGCAUCAAAUUUCAGGCCGACCCACACAAACUUUUGAAAGAUGUUAGGGAACUGUGGCCGAAUGGUUCACUGUUGAUCGAGCGGAUUGAAGACGACGAGGGGCUCGAUGAAGAAUCUGGCGACUAUUGA